UCGUCCGAAUUACAAUUCUAGCGCACGUGCUAGGCUGACAUAAAAAUUGUCGAAGUUUUUCUCUGCGGUGAACCCGCCUUUUCCCCCGGAGUAGUCGAUCAACGGGGCUUCAUCUGUCCCAUGUGAAUAUUACACCUAGAAGCAGAAUGGUCAAUAAAGAUUUAUCAGCGGUAACUGAAAUCUUAAUUUUUAAAAUUAUGAAUGGCUUAAGAAAGUGCUACCUUCCUUAGGGAAUUCUGUUUUAUAAAGACUUCUCGUUACCCAAGCGCGUAAUGUAAUCAGCCUUCAGGAAUGAAUAAACAUGUUUUACUUGUGCUUAUAAUAAGGGUCCAGUUCAAGACAUCACGAAUAACAAAAAGAUAUUCAGAUAGCCGGCAGAAUACACAAAAACUGUUAGAAGUUUCUUGGAAGUUUUCAGUAACCUAGCAGCAUGAAGGAUCUUUAUGUUUCUUCACGAACUCCUGCAGUUAUAACGCACCAUAGCGACUGAAGUCAUCUGAAGCUUAAACAAGUUGGGUAAGAGGACUAAGAGAGUUCACCGGCCGGAAAAUCUAUUCUGAUCAGAACAUAUGGGUGAUAAAUAUGGAUGAUUCACAUAACUAAAAUUAACUUAUCAAUCCAAAGUAAUCGUAACGACAUUGUAGUUUCGUUCUUUCGAUCUCUCGAGAAUCUCUAGCAUACUCUUGAAUGCUGAGUAUGGAAAACUCUGAAAGACUUGAAACAGAUGAGGAAGCUACGGGAUUUGUUCAUCGAAGGGGCUCGUUGCGAGACUCUGAAUCCUUCGAUCACAAGGAAGAUAUUGAAAACCGGCCUUUUGAGAAAAUCAGAGAGCUUCGUUUUAAAAUCAGUGAAAACAUGAAUAACAAUUCUCUGAGACAAGUUGGGCGUAAUGACGACGCUUUUCUGUUGAUGUUCCUAAGAGCUCGACAGUACCUUGUGGACGAAUCAUUCAAACUUCUGUCCAAUUACAUUGAAUUCCGCCAAAACAACGUUUCUUUGAUGGAAAAUCUAUCAGCAUGGGAGUUGAACCACGUGUUAGAAGACGGCCUUCCAUGUGUUUUGCCAUACACUGAUCAAAAUGGCGCUAAACUUAUUGUUUUCUUCGCCGGCAAUUGGGAUAAAGAUACUUACGGCACACUAGAGAUUUUGAAGGCAUUCAUUUUAACCAUGGAACGCUUGAUUGACACAGACGAGGCGCAGCUCAAUGGAAUCGUAAUAAUUGCAGAUUUUUCAGGCUGGAGUGCUACUCACACGUCCAAUUUGACCGUUUCUUUUAUUCGUCAAGUUUUCGCCAUGUUCCAGGUAUGUCAACUGAAAAUACACUUACAUGGUAACAAUAAAGCAACACUUCACGACCACUGUCACCUGGACACACUGCCGGCAGAGUUUGGUGGAAAUAAGCCUGCAGUAAACCGCACCUACUGGGCACGAGUAUUACUCGAUUUGGAGAAAACGAACCGAAGUCACGUGUACGGAGAAAACCCAUUCAGAGGGUUGCUUAGCAUGGAUAUUGACAAGUAAGAAAUCCCACACGUGAUUAACACGUGGUCAUUCAGGCUUAAAGAGAAAGAAAACCUGGGGACUUGGCUUGGCAAUUGAGAAGCGCUCGUACAAGUUUGGACAAGCCUAAUUCAUCAGCAGAAAAAAUGCAGAGAGUAGAACACAGAGCUGUUGGUUUGCAAAUUCAUAGAGUGGUGGCAGUUGGAAAAUUCUACUAAAAUUGUAAUAUAUUAUCUGAAAAAGAAAGAUUUCCUGAAACUAGUGGUUUCAGAACAUGCAAGAGAAAUAACAAAACUUGAUGUUGUACAAAUAAAUAACCUUCAUUUUGAUAAAUUGCUAUAAGAGCCAGUGCACUAGACUCUGGGUUAAGAGGUCUGUGUAUUGGUGUUGUACUCUUAGGCAAAACACAUUGCUUUUACAGUGCCUCUCUACACCCAGGAAUAUAAAUAGAUACUGCCAGAUUGUUGGUAAAGCCUGAUGAAAUGCUAGGAUGAGCGCAGAGGGGGGGAAAUGAAGAGUAACCUGCAAUGAGUUAGCAUCCCUGUCAAGGGAUUAGCAAUUCUCUGAGGCCCAGUUGUAUAAAGGACGGAUAUUGCUAUCCAAUGGAUAAAUUGCUAUCUCAGGUGAUAGCAAAACAUACUGUGCCAUCCACCCAGUAAAGAUUUAUCAAGUGGAUAGCAUUAUCCAAGCUUUGAAUAAACAGGGCCUGACCUCUUCAUACUACAAAGUGGGAUACAUGCCAACUGAAUGAGUCACUUAACUUUGAUUUUACUUUUGAAACUUCAGUUGGAAAAGUUAGCCACAUAACAAACUGUCAUUAAGCUCCCUCAGAAUAAAGUCACCUUGUUUCAAACAC